AACAAUAUAACUGAACAGCAGACUCAAAAUGAUUACAUUUUUUUUUUCCUGUUUCCACUGGCACAAGGGAGUUCAGAUUUUUAGUGUCUUGUCCCGGAAAAUAUCACAAUCUAUUUAGAGCAGGGAUACAGGGGCAAGGCUUUUCUGACUCCGAGGAGCUUAAAAAGUUGUAGACCUCAUUUUAUGAGCUGUAUCAAAAUCUCCAGAUGGACUGAGCAGUCACCUGAACGAUAGUUAAUUAACUCGCUAACCGAGUACCUUCAAAUAACCAAGCUAGAGCCUUCAUUUCCAAAGCAAAUCUUAGAAGGGGUGAAGAGGAGCUGAAAGUGGGGAAAAUCAAAAGGUACAAAAUUUGUUAGUAUGAAUAAAUACUGAGGAUGUAUUUUACAGCAUUGUCACUGGUGAUAGACAACUGAAAAUUGCUAAGUGAUCUUCACUGUGUGUGGGAGGGCACGAGGUGAAUACAUUAAUUACCUUGAUUUAACCUCUAAACAAUGUACAACUAUAUUAAAACAUCACCCUGUACACCACAUAUACAAGGGUCUUGGUGUCAAUUAUAUUUUAAUAAAACUAAGGAAGGGAAGUAACCCAAUUUUGGGCACGGGCCGGGGCUUUAAUUCACUGAGACCGGGCACCGGGGGGGAAUUAAGUCCCAAGCGCCCGCGCGCCCCGCGCUUGCAGGAAGGGACCGGGUCGGGCGCCUGAGGUACCGCGCUGUCCCCGGCCGCCCUCGCUCCCCGCUCCGCCGUCUCAUUUGCCGUCUUUCGACGCGUGACCCCGGCGCGCUCCCGUCCCGUACGGAGGACAGGCGCGGGGCGCACCUCGCGGUCCCAUGUGCUUUCUCCCUCUGGCAGCCCUCGCGCCCCGGGCCGCGCUCCUGCUCCUCGGCAGAGGGCCCGCCGCAGCCAUGUCUACCAACGCACCGCUCAAAUCGGUGGACUACGAGGUGUUCGGGAGAGUGCAGGGUGUUUGCUUCAGAAUGUACACUGAAGGUGAAGCUAAGAAAAUAGGAGUAGUUGGCUGGGUGAAGAAUACCAGCAAAGGCACUGUGACAGGCCAAGUGCAAGGCCCUGAAGAGAAGGUCAAUUCCAUGUUCCCCUUCAGGACUGAAGGAAUAAUUCUCCUAAGUGCCAGAAAUGCUGCUGGAAGGUGGUUCUCAGCAGAAGAAUUCUCAGGAAUUGCCUUAAAAGAAGAAAGUCACCUUACUAAAGGAAGUCUUGGCUGAGCAAGGUUGGAAGUCCUAGUUCUCGCAUUGACCGCACAAACUUUUCUAAUGAAAAAACCAUCUCUAAACUUGAAUACUCUAAUUUCAGUGUUCGAUACUAAUAGAAAAGAAAUUAAAAUUGUAAUGCCUCCAAUGCACAAUAGAUACCAUAUAUUCUGAAGUCUAUAUUCUAGAAUAGUAGUACCGAAGUAGGAUUUAAAAAAGGGUACUUUCUGUUCUGAAAGCUACAGAAUUAUGUUGCUAAAAAUGUUUAUCACUGAAAUAAUUUUAGUAGACCUUUUUGAAUAAGCAAAACAAUUCUAAGUUUGAAAAUGUCAUUAUGAAUAUUCAAUAUGAACAUUCAAUUUAAGCCUGUCUCAUGAAAUCUUUCAUUUCAAUGAACAUUAUAGCAUACAUAUUAUUUGGUUAGACAUAGAAAAUAAAGUGAACCAUCCAAGUUAUUUUAAAGUACUGUUUGUCUGGAGUGAAUUCUAAUGCUGUCUGAAUAAUAAUUUGCUAUUAAAAUUGAGUUUAAUGAUUGAAGUCUUUAAAAGAACCAGUGGUUAAAAUAAAUAUUUGUAUGUGAUCAGUAUAAUCAUAAAAUAAUAUCAAUAAAGAGUUAAUUUAAAAAUUCUGUUUCAAGAUAAACAUGAUCCAAUCCUUUGUUGUCAUUUAAUAUCGUCUUUGAAUUGUAUUAUUCUGUAGUGCGUGGUCAGCUUGGUGAUGGCAGCUGUAAGAGCACACAAUUUUAGUACAGCAAGCAGCAAGAUUUAGACUACCCUCAUGGGUGGGAGAAAGGCUGUGCUUUCCCAAGGCCUGGACAACUGCACCCUUCUCCCCACUUUGUGUUAAAAAAGGGCAGAUGAGCAUCAAAGGAAAGAACUAGCAGAUAGUGAAGUUGAGCAACAAUACCCAUUAAUUUGACUUUGCUGGAUGUGAGUUACCAUUUUUAUGACUUGUUUUUAAAAACAGUCUCACUAUGUUGCCCAUACUCAUCUCAAACUCCUGGGUGUAAGUGAUCCCCUUACUCAGCCUCCUGAGUAACUGAGAGUACAGAUAUAUGCCACUGCAUCAGCAAUGACUGAAUAUUUUCAGCUUUGUCUAGUGAAGGAAUUUUUCAAAGCAUAUAUCUUUAAACUCAUUAUCAGAGACAAUAGGAAAACCAGAAUUCACUUUCCAAAAGGCUAUAGGCCAUAAAUAUGUUUAUAUAGUGACUCCCCCUGGUCUCUGUUGAUACAGUGAUCAAAAGAUGUUCUCUCUUUAGUGAAAAGGAAGAUCUUUUAUAUCUGGAACUAAUUUCAGGAACUCAACACAGGCAGUCUGGUAUAGGAGGCUUUGCUGGAGGAGUCAGAAGACUUGCACUCAGCCCAGCUCAUCCACUAAUUAGAAAUGUACCUUGGUGUCCUUGACUGCAAAGUCAAGACAUUAGGCUAAGUCAAGACUUUUUAGAAGAUUCCAUGAGCCAGAGGACUCCCGGGGUUGGGACCAGGUGAGUCACAGAAGAUUAAUGAGAAAGAUGAGCAGUCUUAUCUCGGCCCAGAGCCCUGAUCCUCAUUCCAAUGAGAGCAGCUCAACACUCAUUUCUUCAUAUGUUGAGAUUGUCCAUGAGACAUAUUUUAAGAAGAUUUUUGGAACUGAAAAUGUAUCUCAGUGGCAGAGUACUUGCUCAGCAUGAGUGAUGCCCUGUGUUCAAUCCCCAGCACCACAAAAAGAAGAAUUCUGCCUCAAAGAAACACACAAAACAAAAAUAAUAGCAAAGAUACUGAAUCUGGGAUCUUAUAUUCUAAAUUUCUAUAAAUGCUACUCAAAUGUAUUUCCUAUUCUCUUGACUAUUUUUGUCAAAUCAGUAUGGCACAUAUACUUAAUCUUAAGUGAUUUCCAUAGAAAAUAGGCAUAAUUUGUGAAAAGACUGUUGGAAAUAAAUUCCUGUUCUUCAUUGUAGCCUCCAUAAAGGUUUAUAGUUUCUUAAAUAUUUCCAGAAUUGAUUUUCCCUUGUCUUUUGUUUCUAUUUUUAUCUUACAACAGUGAAAAACAUGCAAGAAGAAAUACAAAUAUAUAUAAUUGGUAAUUCUACUAAAAGGUAUAAUAGAUAAUGUGAAAUAGGAAGAGAACCAGGAAUUUAGCUCAGUGG